AUGGCUCUUGAUGAAAACACAACGGGUUCCACAAAUCCGGCCUUGGAUUUGACAAAUCUGGCCUUGGAUUCGACAAAUCCGCUCUACAUGCAUCCAUUUGAAAGCGCUGGUUCUCUGCUGGUUCCGGGACUUUUCGACGGAUCAAGCUAUAGAUCGUGGAGAAGAGGAGUUCUGAGAGCUCUCUUAGUGAAGAAUAAGGUAGGAUUCAUAAACGGGAAGUGUAGAAAGCCAGAUCCUCAGGAUCCUAGUUAUGAUCAAUGGGAACGCUGCAAUGACAUGGUCACAUCGUGGAUCCUAAAUUCUAUCUCAAAGGGCUUGGCGGAUAGUCUACAGUAUGUUAAUGAUGCUCAGGAACUUUGGAAAGAACUUGAAGACAGAUAUGAUCAAACAAGCGGGGCAAAAUUGUAUCAGUUGCAGAGGGAGACAAAUGAUUUGAAUCAAGGAAACCUAGACAUCACUGGGUACUAUACUAGAAUGAAGAAACUCUGGGAAGAACUAAACACAUUGAAUGCUCACGCCCAGUGCAAAUGCAAUUGCACAUGUGGUGCUAAGGCGAAUAUACAGAAAGCUUAG